AAAUCACACUCACUUCCCAUCCAUGCAAAGCUGAGUUUUUCCAUCUGCUUCCUCCUCACCUCUCAUGCUCCGCCUGACCCCAGGCUCCCUCUACAAGAAGUUCCUGCCUUGUCCAGGAGGGCUGCAGGAGAAUAAACACUGGGGCAAAGAAAACAACCAUAAGCCUUAAACAUUUUGUACUCUGAGCGUGAUCUCUGCAGCAGCAGCCCACCUACCGGGGAGAUGGGUGCUGUGCUCCCCAGGCAGGCUGCACUUACCAGGUGGAAAGCAGCCACAGAAGUUCCCCCAUGCAGUCGGGGUAUCCAACCAUGGUGGCUGGGGGAAAGUUCAGUGCUCGCCCUUGCAAAAAAUAAUACUCAUGAUAGCUCAGAGGCUGAAAAAGCCAAGACCUAACUAAUAAGCUUUCAGACAAAAGAUUUUGCACUCAGUUCAAACAUACCACAACCAGUGCUGGGAGACAGUAGUUUUGCUCAAGAGGCGUUAAGUACACGUUCAAAGAACUCUGUCCUCUUUUCAAACCAAACAUCCACAAAACAGGUCAGCGGGAGCACACUGGAUGUACAAACACAAAAGUUACGUGUCCUACUGCAAAGCAAGAGAAAUGCAGCCAGCCCUCCUCUUACACACCCUGCCACAGGUCUGGAGGACCUCUGGCUCUCAGAAGAGUGACAUGAGUUGGCAGCACUCACUCUCACCCAAAUCCAUUAAAUAUUUGACCAACUGUAUGUAACAGGCCACAAUCAGCUAGUUGUUGCUGCUAAUUGUUUUGCAUGCAAAUGGCUGCUAAAAGAUCUUGCUCUGUCCUUCAUUCAGCAUCCAGUGCACUUCGUAAGCACGGAAAAAAGUCAAAAGCAUGAGAAUGUUUAUUUUGCAAAGAUAACAACCUCAGAUUGUUUAGAUUUAAAUAUAACAUCUUCCCUUCCAGAUAUACUUCUGAUCUCCACAGAUACUGGCAGUCUUUCCUGUUCUAUCAUUACCACAAAAACCAUUUAAAGCUUUAUGCUGGGUCCAUAUCUCUUGGUAGAAAAGAGCUGGACCUGAUGCAGCCAACACAAUGGGAGUCCUACCUUGGGCUGCCCUUUGCCAAAUCCUGCUCUUCUUCUCCCCCCGUCAUUGCUCAAUGCAUGUGAUCCCUUAUCUGAUCCCAAGUUCUGCUCCAAAGCUCCAUUUAGUCACGUGCAAAACUUCUACCUCUUCUAUUCCCAUGUCACUUGCUUCUUUCUCUUGCUACUUCUGAGCAAACUCAGGCUUUCCUUUCUACUCUCAAGGCUAUACACCUAAAGAGGUCAUUAGAAGUGUUUAAAAGCAAGCAAACAAAAAGCAACCACACAAAACUCAUGGACACUAUUCAAGCAGCAACUUCUGAUCAACUGUGCACGCUUCAAAAAUGUAAACUAAUACAGUCCAGUUCCUGGGUCCUGGUCUUUAGCAUGACAGUGCUGCUGUCAGGGAUGGAAUAUUCCGAGCAAGCAGUGUAUCAGACUGUUCCAGCAGACUGUCAGAGCCAGCUCCUGAGGUCAAACCUUGCCAAACUCUCGAGGCAUCAUGGGAUCUAGCUAUAGAGCAUAUUCACGGGCUUGAUUUGUUUCUUUUGGAGAAAGUAAGAGUGAAAAAUCUCUCGUAAACGUGCUCCCCAAGAUGCAUCACCCUGCGUGGGUCAGAAAGGCUCUGACCCCUCCGGUGCUGAUUUAUAGCAGCAUUCCCUGACUCUUCCCCCACAAAAGAAAAAAUAAAAACAUAAAAAACCACAGUCCCGUGGCAGCAGCAGAGGAUGGGGACUCAGUGCCUGGACACAGCUUGGGAGCAAUGCGUCUGCAUCGUGCUGAACACUGAGCAUUCUGCACGCACACACCGAAACCAUUCCUCCUGCAGCUGGGCUCCCUCAGCACACCAUAAACUUUUAUAUGCAUUCUUCCUUCCCACUUUUGUUUGUUUAAGAGUUUCUUUAGGGAUUAACUGUAAGACUGGAGUAUCUACCUCCCCCUUCCCUGGGCCCAGAGCACUUCUGGAGGACCCUCACAUCCUUUUCAGGAUGCGGCUGUGAGCAGUCCCCCAUUGAAAACUGAUGUCUGAAGCAGUGAGUCCUGCUCACAUGCAGCAGCUGCAGCCCCUGCCUUGCUGUGCUGGGGCUUAGCACUGACUCAGGCUGCCCAGGGAGGUGGUGGAUCCCUAGUGUUCCAUGCUGGAGUGAAUAUAAGGACCACCCCUCUGGGAUCCAUCAGAAUGUGGUAUCAGAGAGCUUUGCUCCCAUUCAUUUGCUGGAAGGCAACCACGUUUGAAGAAGUUCAGAGUUCACCUGCACCCCACACGGCAGAGGCAGUUCAUGGGCAAGAGGGACACUGCUUCCACAUCCAGUAUGCAGAAAAAGUUUUCAUGGCUUUUUUUUUUUUUUUUUAUGAGAUGUUUGUGUCCAGCUGAUAACACUGCCAAGACUGAGCUUAUCCAAAAAGACACUGCUUGUUCAAAUAAUUGGCCUUAAGCAUCUUACAAGUUACUAAAAGCAGCAAAGAAAAAUAAGCACAUAAGUGACUUGGAAACACGCUGCACUCAGUGCUAGUAGAAGCGGCGUGUGCACUCGCACCUUGGCACUGCAGGGUGAGCAGCACAGCAUGCCUGGCCUGAGCUCCACGCCCAAGCACUGCACAGAUUCAAGCUGUGGUCAGAGGAGAUAAAACACCAGGUACCAGUGCUCGUCCACAACGGGCACAGAGCCCACCUCCCACUGACACUGCUAUGGACAAAGCAAAGCAUUUCAGGAAUGAAGACCAACUCAGCUGGAAUGCAGCGGGAACCCAUGGGAACUCAUGUUCAGCGUUUGUAAAUAUCAAUUUUUCAUCAGAGGUAGUUUUCACCUGCUCCUUCCUCCGGACCAGUUGCUGAAGCCAAGGCAUCAAUGCCAACAGCCUGUGGGAGAGAGCUCCCACGUGUCUAAUCUCUGCUUUACUAGUAUUAAUACAUCUGUAAAUAACCCAGCAUUUAAAGGAUGUUUCUUUUUAUGUUCUCAAAGUGCUUUUUUAGGAACAGUUAAGAGUUCCAGAGAGCUCAGAAAUCAUAAAAAAAUAAUCUUCCCCCUGUUCAGAACUGCACUCACUGCGACCAUCACAUCAUCUCCCACUUCAAGUGAUUCCAUCCAUCUCACCUUUGUUCACCAGAAAGCUUAAAGAAAGCAAACCUUUCUCUUUUAAAUCAUUAGACCUGCAAGACCAUCCUGAAGUAGAUGUUAGGACUGCUUAUAACAACUCCCCAGCUCGUGAAGAAAAUACAGCUCCUUAAAGCCUACAGUAUUAGGCAAGGCACUUGACAUCAGCUACAAAUAAUUUCUGAAGUGGGUGUGCUGGUCUGCGAAUCCCAAACGGCAGACAAAUUAGUGACUGAAGAAAAGGCAAAACAAACUUGUGGUCAUGGUGUGGGUGUAGUGCAUUUUGACAGAAGACCUGCAGUGGCUCAGCCUUUCCAUUAGCACCAGAAGGAUGAGCCACCGCAGCCAAACACAUGAUGUAUUCCAGAAAACCCUCCUAGCAGAUGGAGUGGGACAACCACAGAGAGAUGGACUUAAACAAGGGCUAAAUUGUGGCAACGCCAAUGGAAUAGCAAUCAGAAAUAAAGGCUGUGCAGAAUUAAAAGAUGUCAGAGCAUGUGAUCUGCCUUCUUCAGCUUGAGUUACAAAGUUUGAGCUAGAGGCAAGGCACACCAUUCCUGGCUGGGGACAUGGAGUCCAGUAGAAAGCCAGCCCCUUUGCAGUCCUAGCUGAGCCACGAAUACAGAAAACACCAAGGUUCAGCCAUUAAACCCUUUGGUGUGGGCCCAAAGGUAAGAGCAGCAUCUUUCCAUCUUCCUGUGGUGCUCCCAGGACAAACCGCUUGCCAAGGUCAUGACACCUCUGCUAUCAGGGUGAGAACCAGCAUUUGGCCAAGGCAAAGCCUGUCUAACUAAAUAAAUGGUGUUAUUUACAGCUGGAAGACAGGCUCCAUUACACAACACAGCAGUCCCAGCCAAGCUUACAAGGAGCAAAUAUUCUUUGGAGGGUGGCUGCCUGAAAAAAUGAGAAGGAAAACAGAACACAGUGAUCUAACAGCACAGGAAAUCUAAUCUGUUUCUGCACAGAAAACAAUGGGUUUUGCAAAUUUGCCCAGUUCACGCUUACCAUUGGGCAUAUCAUAUAUUUUUAGCCACUGUUUGGACAGAGCUGGCAGACCAUGUUUCGACAACCAUAAGAGGAGAGAGCGCUGAGGAGAGACAGGAAAUCCAAAUUGGUAAACCAGGACAAAGAGUUGGAAGACCAAGAAGCUACGAGCAGCACCUGAAUGGAAGAAGAUGAGAUGAGGUGUUUCAAACACCUAAAAAACUUGAUGACUUCAAUACAGAGAAGCGAGGGUCCCCCAGAGACUCCUCACACUUUCUCCAGGGCACAAGCAGCAAGAAGAUUGAUGUGAGCAGGGGAAUUUGAGGAGGGCUCAGCAACAUCCUCAUGUGGGUCCAGUCACUCAGUCCUUUUCAGCAAGCAAUAUCUACAUGGCAAGAAUGAACACACUGACUCUUGUAAAUGAAAACAAAACCUUGUUCUCUCCACUCUGGAUAUAGGAUGAAAAGCAAGGGCGUAAGUUUUAGGGACCCAAGCUCAGCUCUGGCUGCUCAGUGGCAUCUUCAGACCCAGGGAAGAGCAGCAUGCCCUUGGGUUGCUCUGCACUUUGGCCCUGGGAUUAAUCUUUUACCACCCAUGGAUGACUCAGGGAUUAUCCUGAAGCGAUGUGGCAUCAGGACAUGGCACUGCCCUGCAUGUUUCUGGCUGGCAGUGAGCACAAGGUUUGCUCAGCUCAUGGCAUUCUCCCAUUGAAGAGCCACAACCAUGAACAGGGCUGUUGAGGGUCACUCAGGCAGAUCCAGAGGAAAGUCUGCUACCUUCUGCUGUUUGCGGAGAGCAGGAGGUGGGAAAAAUACACUGCCAAAGCAUGAUGCUCAACUGCAAAAUCUUUCUGUCUCUUGAUAAUACUCUUUGCAGCACAGCAACACUUAAUCAGCUUUCGUCUGCCUAAGACUUGAUCCUCAUUGGUCUGCAGCAGACAGAACUACCUAAUUUAAUUUCACUGUGUGCUAAAAGCUCAGCCCAAAGGUCGCUGCAAUGCCUGUGAUUCACCUAUCCAAAAGGUACAUGCUCUUUUUCUUGUCUUCUCUACUAUCUAUGAUUAGAUGUGGUGUCUGACUUGUGGCGGAUCAUGUUCUUUCUUGUUAUAUUUGUAUUUAACUGUGCAGCAAAGGCUGGACUGAGUCUGAAUAUCUCUGAUUCAUGCCCAAGCAUGUGCAAAUGUGCACCCGAAGAGGUUAUCCACUGCAAUAGAGCUGGAUUGAGAGCCCUCCCUGGAGAGAUUGCAGCAUCCACCGUCUCUCUAAACCUCUCCAAUAACUAUCUGCGGAUUCUGACCACCAACACAUUCAGAAACCUGACUUUCCUCCACAGCCUCUGGCUGGAUGGAAACAAUCUGACCUUCCUCUCCCCGGGGACCUUCCAUGCUCUCAGCAAACUGCGGGAGCUAGACCUCAGCAGGAACUCACGCCUCACCUACCUGCAUGCAAAUACCUUCAGAGGACUGUUAAAUCUCAUCAGCUUGGACUUGUCUCACUGCAAUAUCUUUGAAAUCCAUCCACUUCUGUUUUCACACCUGCCCUCUUUAGAAAGACUCAACUUAGCCUUCAAUAACAUGCGCUACGUUCCACAAGCCUUUAGCAAUCUCUCCAGCCUCACAAGGCUGUCCCUGGAGAGCAACCACAUAGAAGCCAUUGGCAGAGAUUCCCUGAAGGACCUGGAAUCCCUGUAUGAUCUGAAUCUCAGGAAGAAUCGGAUAUGGAUCAUUCAAAAUGGCGCUUUCACAAAGCUCCUCAAACUGGGCAUGUUAAAUUUAGGACACAACUUCAUCGCCGAUUUGCCUAAUCAGCUUUUUGAUGGGCUGAUCCAGCUCAAGACUAUGCACCUUGAAGCCAACAGGAUCACUGAUGUUGACUGCACCUUCAGACUUCUGCUUAACUUGAGAAACUUGUACCUGAACAACAACCAGAUAUCCUUUAUUUCCGACUCUGCUUUCUCUUACCUGAACAAGCUACAUUUCCUUCACCUGAGCAAGAACAACCUCAGCUCCCUUCCCAUCCGCUUGUUUGUAGAACUGCCAAAACUGAAGUACGUGUUCCUGUCCCACAACCCCUGGAAAUGUGACUGCAAGAUGUUUUGGUUCUUGCGGUGGACGGCAAUGUUCAGGGGAGCGCUCGAAGGGCUGGAUUGUGCCUUCCCCAGCCGCCACAACACGACCGCGCUUGGUGUCCCCCAUCCAGGGAACCCAAUGGACUGCACAGCACCACCCGAGCUGGAAAGUAAGGACAAGUGUGGGACAGCUGGUACCAGUGUGGCUCCUGGGCCCCCUGCCCCCAUCAGUAAGGUCUUCCUGCUGGCAGUCACCUGCCACACGUGGUAUUUUGCAAGGAGAUGGGACAGCUCAGUGGCCGUGCUUUGACAACAUUUACAUUACAAAAUGGAGGCCACUUAUUUACUAAUUUUCCUGCUAUUUGUUUGUGAACAAUGGUUUCAUUACAGGUGGUUUUUUUACUAUGAAAAUAGGACAUUAUUAUUUUUCUUUUUUUAUAUAUAUAUAGGAAUAAACGCUUUCAUUCAACAGGCAAUGAUUAAAUCUCAAAUGCUGAUAUCGAGAUUCAGUGGUAAGAUUCAUGUGCAAAUAAAACCUGAUGCUGGCAAGCACAGGGCUGGGGCUUGUGCUAGGGAAUGUGGGGCUGGGGAGUGCAGCCCCACCGCAGCCUCUGCCCUCCUCAUUUGCUCACUGACUGCAGCCACGUGUGCUCUCUUGGGGCAGGACUGUCUUCCUGUGUUCAGUUCAUGCUGGGGAGAUUGCUGAAAUACAAAUAACUUGCAAGUGUUCCAGCACAUCUGGAGUCCCUGUAACAGACUCAGUCUGUUGGCCUCAAACGUGUGGUAGCUUCCUACAGCUGGUGUAUGGAUUGCUUUGCUGUUAGAAUACAGGACAGUAUUGGAGGAGUGGGCACAAACAUCACAAAAUAAAAGAUUUAGCCCUCCAUUGCUCCUCACACUACCAGCCUCAGCUCACAAAACACUGCAGGAGUCGCUGCAAAGAUCUCCUAUCUCAGGGACAGGAGCAGCCACACGGCCAGGCAUCAACUUCACCUACAGUGUAGUUCAAGGCUGAAAAAGACUCGUCCUCCCCUAUGAUUAAACAUCACCUGAUCAGAGCUUCAUCCCUGUCCGUACCUUCCCCUGAGCUCCUCAAUCAUCAUCCCCAGCACAGGUGCUCCAAACAUCCCACUCAGUUUUGUUUAACUGGCAAAUGAGUGUCCUACGUUGGCACACCAAAACAGGAGAGUUUUCCAAGCUUCAGCAGCACAAGUUCAAAGGCACAUUUCCCAAGCUGGUACAGAAACAUUUAUGAACGCCCCCUAACACCACAGUGAACAGAACCUCUCACUCCAGCCAUCGGCUGUGUGGGCUGGUGGCAGCUCAGCCAGCUCUAAGGUAAAUUGUUCUUCACAGCACUUUGGGUUUUUCUCCAUGAUGCUUCCUUGUUAACUUCUCACUUGACUUGUAAAUGUAAGAAUAACUAGAUAACAUCGCAGAGAGACAACCAUAUUUUCAGCAAUUAUCGCUAAGUAAGCAACUGUAGAUGUCCGUUUUCAGUACAGGGGAUUUGGACCAGAUGACCUUUAAGGGUCCCCUUCCAACUCAAACGAUUCCAUGAACUGCCACAAGACAUGCCCAGUGUCUACUGAAUGUUCGUAAGAGGAGGUUACAGCAAGUGUGUCAAACAUCUGUCCCUGUCCAUAGAUGAAUAGUCCCAAGCAAAUAAGAGAAAGAAACCUGUGUUUAUUGCUCAAACCACAUAAAACAGGACAUUUUGACAACAGAAACCUCAGAAGUGCAGAGUGAGAGCACUCUUUGCUAUUACUGCUGUACCAGUGACAUGACAAACCAGGGCUGCACAACAAAACAAUAUAUGCUGCACCUUCCCACUUAUUAGAUUUGUAAUCAGAUUUGUGCCAAGCAUUAAAUGAUUGA